AUGGCUGGUGCUGGGAUUAGCACUCCCAGUGGCAUCCCGGAUUUUCGGUCCCCAGGGAGUGGCCUCUACAGUAACCUUGAGCAGUACAACAUCCCUUACCCAGAAGCCAUCUUUGAACUGACGUAUUUCUUUGUCAACCCUAAGCCCUUUUUCACUUUGGCCAAGGAGCUCUACCCUGGCAACUACAGACCCAACUACGCUCACUAUUUCCUGAGACUCCUGCAUGACAAAGGGCUCCUCCUGCGCCUCUAUACUCAGAAUAUUGAUGGGCUGGAGAGAGUUGCUGGGAUCCCUCCCGAUAGACUGGUGGAAGCCCACGGCACCUUUGCCACUGCCACUUGUACCGUCUGUCGAAGGAAGUUCCCAGGAGAGGACUUCAGGGGGGACAUCAUGGCAGACAAAGUUCCUCACUGUCCCGUCUGCACUGGAGUCGUCAAGCCUGACAUUGUGUUCUUUGGCGAGGACCUCCCACAGCGCUUCUUCCUGCACAUGACAGACUUCCCCAUGGCAGACCUGCUUUUUGUCAUCGGAACGUCCCUGGAGGUGGAGCCCUUUGCCAGCCUGGCAGGAGCUGUUCGCAGCUCCGUUCCCCGAGUUCUGAUCAACCGAGAUCUCGUAGGACCCUUCGCCUGGCAGCAACGCUACAAUGACAUCGCCCAGCUGGGGGACGUGGUCAGUGGGGUCGAGAAGCUGGUGGAGCUGCUGGACUGGAAUGAAGAGAUGCAAACACUAAUUCAGAAGGAAAAAGAAAAGCUGGACACAGAAGACAAAUAGGACAGCUGGCUCCCUGCUGCUGGAGAGCAGUGCUC